CGACGACUCAGCGCACCGACAACACCACCGUCUCCUUCCGUCAUCCGUCUUUUCAGUGGACUAUGUGUUGCAGACAUGAUUUUCAUCAAAGAACAUAGAUGGUUGGAUAAAAGCAAAUAAAAAAAAUUUGAACCUUGAUCAACAUGAGGCGAAUGAAAAUCCGUGCCACCCCAAAUAUUGGGGGUGGUGGAGGUCCUCGGAAUACCCAGGCACGUGGUGUUCCAUCCUCUACGACUCCACCUUCAACUGCUCCAACUUCCCUGGCUCCACCUUCAACUGCUCCAACUUCCCUGGCUCCACCUUCAACUGUUCCAUCCAUGGCUCCACCUUCAGCGACUUCAUCCAUCACAACUCCAUCUUCAACUACUCCAUCCUCCUUGGUUCCACCUACCACAUCCUCCAUGACCCCACUUAUCAGUACUUCUACAACUCCUUGGAGAGAACAAAAUCAGGAAAAUGUAAUGGGCCCAACUGAAGAAAAACCCAUUGCAAAUGUUAAUAUUGUGACACCAGGCAACCAACAGGUAUUUUCAAACUCUGCAGUUCCGGUGGAUCUGAUGAUAGAUGCACUUGACGAGGGAUCUACACCGCUUUCAUCCUCUUUUCCGAGCAACACACCUCCAUUAAAGGACAUAAUCAAAUCUCCGCAGAAGUCACAAGUAUUCUCAUCCCUACCCUCUCAGACUUCACUAAAAUUGAAAGCUUCAUCUUCUGCUUCUUCACAGGGGCCACUCCAGCCAUCACACAGUGUAAUGCCUCUAACAAGCCCAGCAGUGAAGAAAGCCAUAAAACCACCUGUUAAAUUGAUGUUACAAAGUGAACCUUCAGAGGCAUUACAGAAAGUAUCAGAAAAUAAACCAUUAUCAAGUACUCGAAGGAAAAAGCUGAAGGUUAUGCCCAUGGUUAGCAGCUUUAGGAAAGGAAGUGUUGUGGAGAAGCCAAGUACAAGUACAGGUAAUGUCGGUGCUCAAAUUAAAAGAGAGAAGUUUGAUGUUGAAGUUGAGUGUUUAGGUGAUAGACCAAAAGAUCAACAAGAACAAAAUACUUGUGAGGAAAAUUUAGCAUGUGGUAUUGAUGAACAAGACAGUAAGCCUUACUUGCUGAGUGAGAAGGAAAAAGAUUUAGAAAUGAAGACAGCCACUGAAAAAAGAGAGCAUACAGCAAGAAUGGAUACUGUAAAUGAUAAUAAUGAAAUUCAGUUCCCAAUUCCCUCAACAAAGACACAGAUUGACUUAAAAGACAAAAAUAAACCUUUUCAAACUACUAAAGAAAGUAGAAAAUCUUUGGCAAAGGAAAGUGAAAAUGAAGGUGAUGCAAAGAAAAGUGAGAUCCUUGUUUCAGUAGAUGAAAGUCAGACGUGUACUGCAGGAGAAAGUAGAGGAUCAAGGUUUAGUGAAGAUAGUCAGGGCACGGUAGCUAGCACUAUAGACAGUAGCUCUACAGCAAUAAGUGGAACUUGUAAAAGGAGAUCAAAAAUACGUGCAGCACCUACCUUACUGGCCAAGAGGAAGAUGGUCAAGAAGGCUGGUGAUAUUCAGGAGGAAAAAGUAGAAAUAGUUAAUGCAGACAGUCCAGUUGCUCAUUCAAUAUCAGGGAAAUCUAGAAGACAAGCAGAUAAAUGUAAUGAGGAAAUUACUAUUACUGAGCCUGAUUGUGUCAGAGAGAAGUCACUUGUUGAUUCUUGUAAUGGGACAGAACCAAGUCAGUCUCUUAAAGUAGAAAUUAACCAGAUGCAGAAACUUUGUGAAGUUGGUGAGAAUGGGCCAGAAAAGCCUAAAAAAAAGACAGAUAUUGGGGUUGAAAAGAAGGACUGUAACAUAGUAGGAAAAAAAAUGAAAAGAAAGAAAAAUAAUGUAGAUAGAGAAGAACAAGGAGGAGUAGAAAUAAUUGAGGAUAACAGUAAUAGUGAUGAUAGUUGUGGAGACAAGGAAAAUUCCAAAAUUCUGUUCAGUAGUUCUCAAGCAGUGAAGAAAGAAUCACCAAUAAAAGAGAGGAGUAAAUCAUUUGGCGUGCAAAAGACAAAAGCUAAGUCAUCAUCAGUUGUUGGUCCCAGAAAAACAUUUAUAAAAACUGGAAAGAGUGCAAAAAUAAGUGCCAAAAGUGAUAAAGGGUUAUCACAAGAUGAAUCGAAGGAAAAGACAGAGAAGCAAAUUUUUAGAGAAAGAAAAGAAACAUAUAGAAAGAAAAUGGUAAAAGGAGCAUUAGAACGUAGUAGUAUGACCAUGUUUGAUCUCAUAUUCUGGAAUCCAGCCACCAAUCCUAUGCCGGGUCGAUCAGAAGUCCUCAAAAAGAAAGCACGCCUCACAAGUAAAAGUGAAACAGAGAGUACCACGUCUGAUGUUAUAGAGGAACAAAAAGUUGAUGACUUGGGGCUAGACACAGUUGAGCCAGCACCGCAGUCUAGACCAAAUUCGCCUGAUGAAGACCAAGAAGGUAAGGAGCCUUCACAACCUCCAUCACCACAAGCCAAGGAUGAUGAAGAAGAGGAAGAAGCCGCAGCAGCAGGAGAAGAAGAAACACCCGCAGAGGAUAUAUUUACUCCAAGAGUUAAAAUUGGUCCCAAUGGCCAAAUUAUCUUGGAUGAGCAAAGUAUUAAAAUUCAAACAACUGCUGCUAAAAAUCGUGAUGAAAUCUUAAGCAAAACUGAAGUGGUUGAAGAGAGUAACGAGUCAUCUCAUAGCAAAUGGAGUAAGAAACGUCAUCGCUCCAGUGAAUGGACUUUAAAAGAAACUGCUCGUUUUUAUAAGGCAUUAUCCACAGUUGGCACAGAUUUUUCACUAAUGGAAGCUCUUUUUACCUGGAGAUCACGAGCUGAACUGAAGACAAAAUUUAAAAAGGAGGAGAGGAUUAACCGGGAAUUGGUGGACCGAGCCCUGAAGGACUGCACGCAGUUUGACUUAUCCUUAUUUGAUGAUGAAUCUGACUAUGACCCAGAAGAGGAUAGGAAGGCCACGAGGAUGGCAGAGAGAGCAGAGGCUAAACGUAAGCGUCUAGAGAUGAAGCAGUCUGAAAAGGAGCGAGAGAAGCAAGAGAAAAAGACCAAGAGAAAGGGAGAACAAGCAAAAAUCAAGACACGCAAGAGAGUGUUGAGAAGAGAACGCAAGAGGAAAAAAAUUAAGAGAAAAGAUGCUGAUGAAAAUGGACAUAAAGAGAGUUCAGAUUGUGAGGACCAGGGUUUGGGCCAUUCUGAUACUGAAGGUGAACAUAUCUCCUCAGUACAAAAAUGUUCUAAUGGUGAAAACAAAAUUAAUAAAAAGAAGGGAAAAGUAAAACGGCCAGCUAAAAAACGACAAUUGGAGGAAAGGAACUCUCUUGUGAUAAGUGAAGUGACAGUUACCAUGGAAACUGUAAAGUAUGAUAUGUCAAGCCAGUCCAGGAAUGAAUGCACCCCGGAGAAGACAGUUGCAGAAAAUGUAGAAAAGGAUGAAGAUAAUGUUGAUACUAACCCUUCCAUAUCUGAGGCCACACCUAAGACUGAAAACAACCAAAAGGUGUGGCACUUUCCGGUGUCUGCAAUUCAGACACAGGAUGAUGGGCGUCAGACCAUUCUGGUACCAACAGCAGAUGGGCAGAAGAGUGUGCCUGUACCUGUGUUACCUCCUGGAACAUCUAAUGUGCUUGUUAUGGCCACAGGAGCACCUGACUCACCAGGCGAACACAUAUACCAUGUUUAUGUAGUUUCUCCUGUUGAAGGCACAGAGUCAUAAUUUAUGCAGUCUGCAUCUGUCAGGUGGUGUACCUAGUUGUAAUAUUGUACGUGCCAUUUGUACAUGUCGGGUAUUUGUUUAAGAGAUGUAAAUUUAAUGAAGUACAGUACUGUAUUUACAAAAUCUUCUUGACUUGUAGUUACUUGGUUGACAUAUGUACAGUAUAUUAAAAAUAAAUUUCCUAAUUCUAAAUACUGUAAGAACAUUGCCAGCCCAGAACGUGAUACUAUGCAGUAGAUAUCAUGGUAUGCAUAUUCUGUGCAGUAUACGUUGUCGUAGAAUGAUAAUCCCUUUGAAGGAUUUUUUUGUGUGUAAAGUUUUAACGUGAUCCUGCCUCUGUUGAAUCCAGGAAUGAUUGCAUUUACUCCUCUGCUUUUAACAUUAGAUCUGGCACACUGAUUGUAGACUCAGAUGAAUGGAUAUUUCUUUUAGUCACAUAAGCAUUAAAACUGUUGCAGCUAGUCAUCUUUCUCGAAAAUACAUUUGUAUGUGAAAUUGCAACCAGAACUUUGUUCCAUAUGGGUUAAUGUCUAUGGUGGGUAUUUAUCUUGACUUUUAUUUAUAUUUACUGUAUAUUGUUUUUGUUUUUUAUUUUAUAUUGUUACUGAAUUUAUAUUUAAUCUCUUUUUUGCAGUUUUCUAUUUUACACGAAAAUUUGUGAAAGGUGAACAGAUGAUUAUAUUAAAUCAUAACUUCUGUUUUUUAAUACUAGUAGUAUCAUUUAUGUACAGUAGAAUCCCAGCUAUCCGGCAGCUUCAGGGAUUGAGAGGUGCCAGAUAAACUUUUUUCCGGUUAUUUGAAAAUACUCUUAAGAUCCCCCAAUAAAUCAUACAAUGCACAGUGCUAUACCUGUAGACUGACCUCGCAAAUUAGUCUCAUAAAAAUGGACUUCUUUAACACUUAUACCACUAUAGUGUAUAUAAAUGAUGUGGCUUAGAUAUAAAGAAAAUAUAACAAAACUAUAAAUAAGAAAAAUUUAGAGCAAAGGUGUGCAUGUGUGGGAAGUGAACUAUGCUUACUUAGAAAAUAUAAUACAGUAUAAAACUAUAAAAUAAGACAUCAUAACACAGAGACAAACAGAGCGGCAGCCACACAUCUGUGAUUCAACUGGGCUGAAGUGGGUUGCGUUGCCCAGAGGAUGGUUUGAAUGUGGAAGGAGCUUUUUUUUUUUUUUUUUUAGAUUUUU